AUGGGUGACUCGUGCAUUUUGUAUAAACAUUAUUACUUUUGCGGAUCGAAGGCCGGGAUUGGGAAAUUUGAUGCUGGCACAAGUAACUCUGGUAUAUCAUUCAUAGGACGAUUAAGAGCCAGUAUCGGAUCUAUGAUGGACCAAGCCAUCGGCACCACUUUCGAGUACCAUGUUUCCGCUGGAUACAAAUUCCUGAUGAGAUUUUACUCGCCAGGCGAUGCGAUAUACAUCUUCGGAUUUUCUCGUGGGGCAUAUACUGCACGGUUCCUAGCUGAGAUGAUCAACGUCAUAGUUAGGCCUCCUGUCCCAGGGAAACGAAGAUAUGAUCCGCGUGACCAAGAGCGAUACUUAGAGCAUUUCAAGCGCACCUUUUGUCGUCGCGAUGUUAAGCCCCCGGCGGUCCAUAUCCGCCACGCAGUUUCCAUCCACGAACGCCGGCUGAAGUUCAAACCAGCUCUCUUCCUAUUCGAGAAGGAUCAUCAAGAUUCUGACAUCCACGAAGUAUGGUUUGCGGGAAAUCACUUCGAUGUUGGCGGAGGGUUUCACUAUGAAGGCCCCGGAAAGCAUCUUCUGUCCGAUAUUCCCUUGGCAUGGAUGAUCGACCAAGUGAACGCACUCGAGGACCAGCCAGCUGGCAAGCUAGCGUUUGACCAGGAGACGAUUAACCAAAGAGGCCAUAUGAAAGCGGGACGUGCACCAGUGUUGCUGCCAACCCAUGGCUUGUCCUCACACACUCCACGUGAAUCUGCUCUAAAAGAACGGAGACCACACGACUUCCUCGCUUUCGAUCGUGGCGUAACACGCUUCGCAACGUUAAUGUGGUGGAUUCUAGAAAUCCUCCCUCUAUUCACCCGCCUGGAACUUGAAUACGGAGAAUGGAUCCCACGUUACUGGCCCCCAAACCUCGGUGCGACCCGUGAUAUACCCCGAGAUGCGAAAAUCCACUGCUCUGUAGUUCAGCUGUAUAAGGCCGGCGUGCUUAGCGAGAUGCCCCGGCUCGGAGGUGAUCUACCUCCAUUUUUGGAGGAUCCCAUACUUCUCAUCAAAUCAUUGCCUUUCAUGCUCUUGCGGAUCCUGAUGCCGUGGUACUGGGCUGGCUGUUGGGGAAAGCAAAAGAAGAUUCCACCAAAAACGCAAGAGGCCAUAAAAAAGAAGAUCACCAAGGGAGUAGAAUCACAUGGAGCUCGGUCAUGGAGCUGGACAUAUUGA